AUGACCCAGCAGACAAGCCUACUACACAUUGGUGAUAUAGUCUCCCUGUUCGCCGAAGGAACUGUAAAUGGAUUUAUUAGCACACUUGGGUAAAUGGCCGAGUCAUAGAUUACGUUAUUCGCCUGUUCAUCUGUUCUUUUCGUGUCAUAUUUUCUUCUCUAAUCAAGUUUUACUUUACUAGGCUGAUCGAUGAUAGAUGUGUUGUGCAACCUUCUGCAGGCGACCUGAACAAUCCACCGAAAAAGUUCCGAGGUGGGUUCGUUUGAUCGUCCGUUAAAUACACCAUUUAGUGCAUGCAUUUAACAGCUAAACGUGUUGUCACAUCCGUGUUUUCGAUUUGCAGACUGCCUAUUCAAGGUUUGUCCUUCCAAUCGUUACUCUGCCCAAAAACAGUUCUGGAAGGCUGCGAAACCGACUACAAGCGCUACAGAUGCCGUGUUACUGAAAAAACUUCAUGUAAGUUAGCGAUGUUUAUUCAAGCAAUGCCUUGAUUUUUAUAUAUUUCCAAUACCUACUUUCAUUCUUGCGAGGGAUUAGAUAUUUUGACACCUUUUAACCCGAGCGACAAAUUGCACUUCCUGUACACGCUGACGAAGGAAUUUUUAAAACAUAUUAUUCUCUGCGACUUCAUAUCAUCAAUUACAUCCGUGUCUCCGAUAAAACUCGGACUCAAUUUCAAAAGCAUGUUUUUGUAUUGUAGAGAAGUGCAUGGAAAUUAACGUAGCGCCUAAUUAGACAUUUAUUUUUUUUUUCACGUCUUUCACUCAGGUGUUUUAUUAUCGACCCCUGGUAGCCAAGUCUAGGAGUAUGUCGUGGUUUUGUGACUAAUAUUCAAUGCUUAGAGGUCAUGUUUAUUUUCAAAGAAGUUCCUUGUCUAAAGUGUAUUCGAUCUCGAUCAACUGUGUACAUAACUCGGGGGGAAACUUCGGCUGGUCUGAGAGCCUAUUGAAAAUAAUAAGGACAGCAGUAAAGCUUGGAUUUUUUGGACUAGUCGUAAGUUGGUAUUAAACAAACGGUAUGCUUCGCGAUCAGAAAUUAACUAACAUCAAAAAAAAUUGAACGUUUGUAUUUUUCGUAGAGAAAUAUAUCAGUCUUAUUGACUUGAUGAUUUAAGACUCUAGCAUUUCUUACAUGUAAUUUGCAUAAUAGAUUGUUAGGAAAUAUUAUUCUGUUGGCUCAAAGAAAUUCAUUGUUUGUUAGGUGUUAACGCUAAGAUCGAGCCGACAAACCAACGCGGAAGGGAAACAUUUUUACGAAAUAAACUGUAUUUUUGCCGUUUUCUGAUCUCCGACAGCGUACAACUGUGCCUUGAGAAAUCGAGGACAGCUGUUUUGGUUUUUUUCACCUUUAUCCGAUGUUUUGUGCUCAAUAUUUCAGUUUUAAUAACAGUAGCAUACAGCUGGGAGAUUGAAGGGAAGAACGAUAAGUUUACAAUUAUAAUUUUGUUGCGAAGGUAAUUUUAUUACAGGGGAAAACAUUUUCCCUUAUACAGUCAAGAAACAGGACAUUUUUAUUAAACUUGAAUGCUAAUUGGCUUUCCUAGCCUAUUGGCAAUUGUUCAAUUUCAAUUGUUUGGUUGGACAGUAUCGACCAAAAUACUUCUUUGGGAAUCAUAGUCUGUUACUCUCAAGCUUUUUGAGGAGAAAAUUGUUUCACUUUUCAAUGCCCUGUGACUUUGUACCAGCUAUCUUUACAGGAUAGUUUUAAUACAGAUCUUUAUAAGCCAACAUGAUUAAUUUGCUAAUAUUUGAACAUUGUUAAUCUGUGAGCCUGAAUUAUGGGAUUAAAGAGCUAAGAGAAUUAUUGCUAUGACUUAUGUCAACCCAAGUGUAGCAUUUGAUAGUAACAUUUUUUUUUUUAUUUAAAUGUCCUACACAUGGCAUAAUCAUUUAGCUUUUGUGUAACAAUGUAAUUGGCAGCUUUCAAACAAUAGCAUUAAUUUAAAUCGGCUAAUUUAAAAACUUGAAGCUUGGCUGUUUAUUUAUUUGGUUAAUUAUGCCAAAACUGAAAACAGCUGUUGGCAAGAACUGCCAGUUACAUCAGGUUAAAUUUUCAACUCACAUUUCAGAAUCAUAAUUGAAUAUACUCUUUAAGAUUAUUUGGCAGCUUUUUUUUUUAAUGGAAAUAGGCUUCAACUGGUAUUGUAGUUUGAAUCUGUGAAUAUUUAUGCAUUUGUCCUCCCCCCAAACAAGUAAUAAAUACAAUUGUAACCUAAGUAAUUAUCUCCUUAAUUUCAUUCCAAACCAUGAAUUUUUAAUAUAUGUAACACUUGAGCCAUGUAUGAAACCAUUGAAGGCAACUGUUGAUUAUUUAUGAAUAUGAACUUACAGUUAACUUGUGCCAUUUUGAUAAUAAUAUGGUUUGAAUUUUAAGAUGGGGUUUUUGUUCUAAUGGUUUUGCACAAAGUUGCAGUUGUUCCAGCGACUGACAGACAGUAAUUGCUCAUUACAACUUCUUCCUUAUGCGAGUUGUCACAGAAUUUAUGAAGUCGUUCAAGGGUUGAACGCUGCCAGUGAUCCUCAGAUUGUCAUAAAAAUGAUUCAUUGUUGACUACUGUAUGAAUAACUUGCUCUUGUGAACUACUACGUCAGUCCAGCUGACCUGUCUUUACAUGAUGUGUGACACCCACAAUAAAUAAUUAAAGAAGUAUCACUAGUUUUAAUACCUGAUGAGACAGAAACAUAACUUAAACUAGAUUUCCUUUUUUUUUUUUUUUUCGAAUUUUAUUCCAUGUCUUGGUAGCAACUAACAGAAUUAGAAAAUUGUGGCUGCAGAUAUUUUAAGAAAUCAAUAGCAGUAAUUAGUGAUAUUGGAUCUUCCAAAGAAGAGGACAAAGCCCUGAAAAAAGAUGGGUUUUAAAAGGGAGAAGUGGAAGUUUGAUAUUUUGUUACAUCUUUACUAAACACAAUCAAUAUACAGAAACUUGCGCUUUACAAACAGGGCUAGUUUUUUUCCUUCUUUUCUUGGAAUUAUACAGUGUGAUGUAAUAAUUUGACUUGAAUAAAUUAGGGAAAUGUUAAUUAGUUGAAGUGUUAACUAGACUUACACUGUCGGCUCUGUGUCCCAUGAAUGCCUCUUUGUCAAAUACUGGUAAUUAGUGAGCAUGAGGCUGUAAAUUGGUCCAUUUGUAGAAAUUUAGCCCAGAAUUAGAGAGCUUUAUAUAAAAAUACUGGUUUUACUUGGGUAAAUUUAAAUUAAAAGAAUGCUGAAGUAAAUUUAAAAUCAGUUUAUAUUUGACAUGUUUUAACUGUAUUUAUGGUUAUGAUGUAGAAGCAGUCUGACUUUUGAGAUAUUGAUCCAAAAGGAAAUUCAACACUUAAGCCUUAUAUUGGGCUUUGCGAUGCAAAGGUCAAAACGAUAUUAAAUGGACUAAGUUCUAUAUUUCCUUUGUUCCAGAUAAAUUAUCAUAUUUCUGUGAAUGGUGAUGUUAUUCUUAUCAUUGACUGACACAGGCAUUAACUCAAAAACAAAAACGCGAAGUACUCCCAGUAGGAGUCAAUUCUACAACUUGACGAGUAGUACUUCUGAUGCUGCACUAUAUUCCUUUAGCAGAGGAAAUUACAAAUCAAUCUAAGUUUGAUAUCAUUCUUUUCCUGAAUUUCAUUUUAACCCACAACAUUUACCAGACACAUGAUUUGACACUCAGGCUCAUUAACCCUUUACACCCUAACAUCAGUAUGCAUAUUCUCCAUACUGUUCUUGAUACAUUUUUAAAGUUGCUGACAAGGAGAAUUUGUUUACCCAAUCAAAAGCUUCUUUCAUUGGUGAUCAUUUCCUAUAUUCUCAUGACCUUGAUGAGUGAUUCAGGGGUGAUAUUGUAAGGAGAAAUAAGAUGUUAGUCACUUGUACGAGGAAAAAGAUUAACAACUAUGAAUAACUACCUAAUAUACAGUUUAAACAGAAAUAUUAUUAAUGGCCCUGCAAAAGCUUUGUUAUUUGUUCCACUGCCAGGGAUUUACUUCCAUCCAACACUGUCAUUUUAUAGUGAAAGUCAUAACCUGACUAUCAAAUAUAAUGUUUACACACUGUAAGACAACUUGAGCACUGGACUAAGGUGUUCUGAAUGUUAUUUCAGCAUGCUGCAGAGUUGGAAAAGAAACAGAAUGAUUCUGAAUACAAGAAGUGUUUGGGAAGUGUGGUAGAAUAUGGAGGAGUCAUUCAGGUAUACUGCAGCCAUGAUUUUUGAGUUCAAAGCUUUAUAACCAAAAGUAUUUGUUAUUUUUUAUUAUACCGUUAGUCAGCAAACUGAUUUUUUUCCUGAAAAAUAUUAUGCUGGCUGUGGAUAGACCAAAAACCGUUUUGUCUUAAGUCAUAACUCUAAACAGCAAACUUGAUUAUUACCAAAUAUCAAAUUCAGAAAGUGGUUUAACUAAUUCUGAAAAUGUUUGUAGUAGUAGUAGUAGUAGUAGUAGUAGUUUGAGAAGAUGACACAACUAAUGGAUUGAAUUGCAGAUGAAAUAACUGAGUGAAACUAUAUGCUGUAAUUAUGAGUUUAUGGUUUCUUUGUGUGAUCUGAUCCCCAAUGCAAUUGGGAAGGACACAAAAAAAAUUCUUGAAUAUUUGAGAUCUUCAUGAAUGGUACAGAGCUAACUUUUGAAAUUAUUUGUCCAACAUCAACACUUAAAGCUGCUACACGUGAAGAGUAACAAGUUUCUGACAGUAAACAAACGACUUCCAGCCUUGAGGGAGAAAAAUGCCAUGCGGGUUACAUUGGACACCAAUGGAAAUGAGGUAAAAAAAUUCUGCCGAAUAAUUCUCUCUCAGUAGCAUUUUAAGAAAUUUCCAAGAAAAUACAGAAUGAUGCAGUUAUUGAAUAAAUUAUCACACCAAAAUGGAGAAGGUGUUUUGGCUCAGAAAAGCAUGAUGUUGAGAGCACGGCAUAGAGUCAAACUUUUUCUCUUUAAAACUAAUCUAGGAAGCUUGUGACCUUUGCCCCUAAGCUAUGAUUUGAGUAUUGUAACAAUUUCUGUUUUACCUGCAUGCGAUGUUCAACUGCCAGGCAAUCUAUAGACUACUAUCUGAAAGAAAGAUCAGUAGUACAUUCAUGCUUCCAACAUAAGGUUUUAAACCUUUCAAAAACACCCAGAAUUUUUUAAUAUCAUGUAACUUUCCCCUACAAUAUUAAUGAGAGUAAUCAAACUUAUCAGGUAGAAGUUGUUAUAAGGAUCAAAUACCAAAUUCUUGAAACUAAUUUACAAGGAAAUUUGUAAUAGUCAGAGGGGAGAGUUAACAAUCAGAUCUUGGGUUAAAUCUCAUUGGAUAGAGCAUUCAGGGCUCAGCUAAUAUGAUCUAUUUAGACUAUCACAAUUUUCAUACAAUGACCUUGAAUUUUUUUAUUAGGGAUCUUGGUUUUAUGUUGUUCCAUUUUACAAGCUGAGAUCUUCUGGAGACAAGGUUGGUAGAAUACAGGUUUUUGUAUUUAGGUGUCGACAUUUUUGAGAAUCAAGGUUCUGUUAAAUAGAUUGAAACAUACAAUGUCCUCUUCUGUAGGUUGUCAUCGGAGACAAAGUUAUAUUAAACCCAGUCAAUGCAGGUCAACCACUUCAUGCAAGCAACCAAGAACUUAUCGACAAUCCAGGGUGUAAGGAGGUUAGCUUAAAAACAUUUCUGUUUGUUGCUAGACUUUCAUUAAUGUAAAUCUUUAAGGAACAUCCAGAAAAAAGUUUGAGUUCUCAAGAGUUCAAGUUGAAUAGGGUAAAAUUCACUAAGAAAGUAGCCAGGAAGGUGCUAAAAAUUCUCCAGUUAUUAGACAUCCUCUGAAUACUGAUCUAAGAGGGUGGUGAAAGGUUUAAAUGUGACAUAUGAUCAAGCCCAAAAUUAACAUGUGAUGGGGGAUUUUGCAGAAAGGCAAGUUAAAGUGAGGUUUUAAGUUUUCCCUUUUAAAUUUUUUAUGAUUCAUGAAACACUGUUUAAAGUACAAUGUGACAUGUGAAUUUUUCAAGCUAGGAUAACAUUUGUAACAAAAGAGGCAGUGCUUUCAUUUGACAAGUAGCUGCAGUUUUCCUAGGCAUAAUAGUUCAUUUUAUCCAUGUGUAUCUGUUCCUCCUUCAGGUUAACUCUGUUAACUGCAAUACAAGUUGGAAGAUAUCACUCUUUCUUGCCUAUGAAGACAACAGUGAUGAGGUCUUGAAAGGGGUGAGUGUGAUUCUGCUGGAUUUCUUGUUUUUGUGCAAGCAAAGUUUGCAAUCCCAAAGGGGCAAAGGCAGGCUACAGUAGCCAAUCAGAGGACAAGAUUUUCUUUGUCUUGCACAGUCAUAAAGCUAGCUGUAUGAUAAAGUAUGUUGUUGUGGGGUCACUGCAGAAACUGGUAGUAGUGAAUGUUCGAUUUUGCUUCGUGGCUCAUUGGAAAAAGUGUUGUGUUUUUCUCCUUGACAGGGUGAUGUAGUCAGAUUGUUUCAUGCAGAGCAGGAGAAGUUUUUGACAGCAGAUGAUUACAAAAAGAAGUCAUAUGUGUUUUUGAGAACUACAGCAAGACAGACAGCCACAUCAGCCACAAGUUCCAAAGCACUGUGGGAAGUAGAGGUGAUUCAGAAGACCUUCAUGUUUUAAGGAAGAGCAUAAACAGAUUUGAGCUCUGUAUCAGAGGAAAGAAAUGUUUUCUAAUGUUGAAUAUGUACUGACUGAUAAUUAAUUUAACAGGUUGUCCAACAUGAUCCUUGCCGGGGAGGGGCUGGGCAUUGGAAUGGUUUGUUCAGAUUCAAACAUCUGGCCACUGGAGAUUACUUGGCAGCAGAGGUGAAGAAUACCCUUUUCAUGAUGUUUCUUUUCUUUUAUUUCCAUUUUCUCUUUCAUUGUGGAGCACUUUGUGAUUGAGUAUCGCAAAAACCAAAAGCAAAGUAAUCUCAGCAACCAAUCAGUAAAAGGGAAAAUACUUUUAUCUCUUGAACUCCCAAGAUCUCUGUAGUAAUUCUCCUUACUGUCUGCCAUACAGUUCUUGUGAUGUUAGUUUGGAAAAUAUGGUAUUGGAUCAACUUAUAAUCUCCUAAUUGAUAUCCCAGAGGGAAAAGGGAAAAUGAUGGAACAAUCUGAUAAUAAUAUUUGAUGAUAAUAGAGGAUCUUUUUGAAAGGAUCUAAUAAUUAGAGAUUUAGUGGAAAGAUUAUGAUUGACUUUUUUUUUUUUUAGACUGAUGAUGACCCUACGAAAGACACAACGAGACAAAAACUGAAAGGCAAUGGAGCUGUGUGUCACCUUACUCCUGUCCCACAUGGAAACGAUGUAGCCUCAAUUUUUGAGCUGGAUCCUACAACACUGACAAGAGCAGACUCAUUAGUGCCAAGGUGAUAAUCAAAGGCUUACUGUGAAAUUUGUAUUGCAAAUUAAUUAACUCUUAACCGAUCUGAAUUAAAUUCAGUUCGAUUUUUUCAGGUGAGUGUUUCCUUUUACUUACCUUUUUUUCAUUUUUUCGUUUAUGAAGGUCAUCUUAUGUUCGUCUGAGACAUCUCUGCACAAACACCUGGGUGCAUUCCACUUCAAUACCUAUUGACAAGAGUGAAGAACGACCUGUCAUGCUUAAGGUAAAAAUUUCAUUACAAACAUCAUGUUCUAAAUUAUAGUUCUUCUUUUCAUUAAAAGCCUUUGAGGUGUUUGCUAUCCCUUCUGUUUUGAUCCGUUUUAUAACUCGGGUGUUUCAUCGGAGGCCUGGGUUUAAAGUUCAGGUUUUAUUUGUGUUCAGUCACUAAUUGCCGUCGAUGCUCGAAAGUGAAAGUUUUUCACCUGGAGGCAGAAUCGAGAAAUUGUAAAAAAGAAAAACAUGCUGUUUGAACUGACAGUUAGGCUGUGGGACAAUGACGGCUUAAUUAACUUUGCCUCAUGCGGUUUACAUGUCUCAUGCACUUAUUCAGAUUGGUACAGCAAGUAUCAAAGAAGACAAAGAAGCGUUUGCAAUUGUUCCAGUCCCUCCAGCUGAAGUGAGAGAUUUGGAUUUUGCCAAUGAUGCCAGUAAAGUAUUGGGCUCUUUUGCAAACAAAAUGGAAACAGCAAAUUACACUCAGCAUGAAAGACGGUAAAUGUGAUAAUUAGGAUUUUGAGUGUUUGUUUUUGUGAAGGGGUAAAAACUAAGGAACUCUGAAAAAAUCUCAAACUUUACCCACUUAUGACGCCAAGACCGGAAUGGAACCCAGGCUACAGCAGUAGGAAGCAGGCGCUCUUGCCGCAUCCCUUUUCCCCACAUAGGCUCUUCCAAGUUCUAAGCGGUCUCACUUUCAAAAUGAAGCCGAAUGCCAAACUUUUCUUGUAAAAACGAGUUUUGUUUGCUCCAUGGUCUCGUUUUAAAACAAAUGCUUUACGUAUUUUGGGAAAAGACUCUUUGAUAUAAACCUUCAUUUAGUUUGAAAAACUUAUUGAUGACAAAUACAUGAAUUUUAUCUUUUUUUUUUAGAUUUGUGACACAGCUGUUAUCUGAUCUUGUUUACUUCGUGACGGAACAUGACACUGGAAGAGAAGACGUCCUUAAUAUUUCUGUUCAAAAUCCAAAUAGAGACAGACAGAAGUUGAUGAGGGAACAGUACAUAUUGAAAGAGGUUAGCUUGAUAGAUCGGCAUUUUUUUACUAAGCAUUUUUACUAACGUGGGAAAAAUUCGUAGCUGGGAUGACGCAACGUUUCAUCUCAGCCAACAGACUUGUCAGAUACUUCGCGCAUCGCGCUCAAAGUUCCGUUCGCGAAGGCAAGAUGCUAGUAGUCUGGCCCUCUAUCACAGAAGGAUUCCCAACUGUAUGUUCUCGACCUCAUGUAUAUAUUGUAACUCGUGAACGAAACGCCGCGUCAUACCAGCCACGAAUUUUUCACAAGUAUUUUACGAUUUUUUCAUUUUACUAAUUUAAUUUUUGUCAAAAUGGUAGUUGGUGGCCUGAUGGUCAAUACACUGGACUCCCAGUCGAGAAGUCCUGGUUCGAGAGUUGGCCUGGCAGGGACAAUGUGUUGUUUCCUCGUGCGAAACAAUUUGCUCUCACAGCCUCUCUCCACCCAGGAGUAUAAAGGGGGUUCCAGCAAAUUGUCAGGGAAGCCUGAUGAAAUUCUGGUUGGGGGGGGAGGGGGGGGGGGGGUAAGCUCCGGCUGGAUGAGCUACUUGCCUCAAGUACAGACUGAAUCUUUUUUUCUUUUUUCACCUCAUUCUGCUCACCUGUAAGAGGCUGACUAAAAUUAUGACCAUUUCCUCGGUAGGUUUUUCAUCUUCUAAAAGCUCCUUUCACUGACAAAGGUUUAGGUCCUCUUAUGGGGAUUGAGGAACUUUCGGAUGCAAGACACGCCCCUCUCCGACACAUAUUCAGACUCUGUUACAGGGUGCUGAGACACUCGCAACAAGAUUACCGCAAGAACCAGGUAUGAUAAUAAAACAAUCGACAUUAUUAUCAUUGAGUUGAUAAUGUAAAUUGGCCACUAUGAAGAGUUUCUAAGCUGACGUUUCGAGCGUUAGCCCCUCGUCAAAGCGAAUGACACUAUGAUUCGCUUUGAUCAACUAUUCACAAAGGUUAACAUCAUAAUUGGCCAGUGAGAACUCAAAUCAAAACAUGCCAGCUGCUAAAUGCGCGGGAAAAUGUGGGUAUCCGAGUCAAGAUUGGUUUUAGUUGUGCGUCUGAUUGGUUGGGAGGAUGGCGUGAGUUUUCUAGACCAAUCACAGAGCGAAGUAACGCAAAACCAAAACAUUCCCGAAUUUACUUUCGACACUCACUUUAAAAUCGUCCUUUUUGUACGUCACCAGAGCGAGGAACCACAAUCCUUUUUACGAUGAAUUGUAAUGUUUGUUUUAGGAGUAUAUUGCCAAGCAGUUUGGCUUCAUGCAAGCCCAGAUUGGCUAUGACAUUCUGGCCGAAGACACCAUAACUGAUCUGGUCCACAACAACAGAAAGCUGUUGGAAAAACACAUCACUCGCACAGAAAUAGAAACGUUUGUCAGUUUAGUUCGAAAGAAGAAAGAAUGCAGGCAAGUAGAAAAGUUUCCAAAGAAUAGUUUUAUGGCUCUUAAUGCUAUGAAAGCGUGUCAUGCUACUUAUGGCAAAGUUUUAUGAAUUUCGGUAUUGACUUGUAGACCUGUUGAGACGCACCAACUUACCAAUUAGCACCCAAUACUUCCUAUCGAGUGCUCUGGGGUCGGUCCCCGGCCGGAUCAUUGUGAUAUGUUGAUCGUGGGCUCGACACUUACCCCUCAUAGUUCCCUUGUGUAUCCCGUGGAUAAAAUUACGCAUGAUUGAUCUGUCAGGGUAAACCUGAAAAAAGGGGAAAGAAUUCUGUGGUUAACCUGCAGUGAUCUUACUUCCCAUCCAGUCCUCGUGUCACAGAAACUGGAAAGAACUUUUGAGAAUGUACGGAUUAGUGUCUUUUCCAGACUUAACAUACUUGUGGACUGAGGUUUUAUCUAAUUUACAGGUUUCUUGAUUACUUGUCCGACCUGUGUGUCUCUAAUAACACAGCCAUCCCAGCAACACAGGAACUAAUCUGUAAGACCGUGCUCUACUCCAGUAAUUCAGACCUGCUCAUUGAAACCAGGUAGGAGCCGACAUUCAACAUAGGAUAUAAUAUUUGAAAUACAUAGAUUAAUCAGUGGAUAAAUAAUUGGAUAAGUGAAUGUUUGAUAGUGCUUGUAAUAGUUGUAAUAUGAGAGAAAAAUUUAACAAAAGGACAGAGGAAAAUACAUUGUUAGUUCUACAAAAUUUUUCUUUUCAGGAAUAUGCAAUCUGGUUGAUUUUGUAAAUCAGUAAGAAAUUGUAUAUAGGUUGUAUAACUUUAGAGCGUUUAUUGAUUUCUUUCUAAGUUACGUGGUGAUUCAAGGGGGGUAAGUUUCUAAAAAAACUGUGGUGCUGCGUCGGUGGGAGAGUAUAGCAGGUAAUCUAGUGUUAACAAUUGAGUUGAAAACGUCGUCGCUCUGGCGAAGGGCUACCGCUCGAAACGUCAGCCUUUUAACUCUUUACGGUGGUCAAUUUACGUUUUCAACUCAGUUGUUAACACUAAAUUAUGUGGUGAUUUAGUUUUUUUUAUAACAUGAGUCACGAGUAACGAGUGAUGUUGAUGUCAGUAUACAUGUAGUGUACAGGGAUUUCAAUAACUUUUUUCCAUACGCGGCUGCCUAUGGUGUAAUUGGCGAUUUUAUACUGAAAGGCGAAACCCAAACACGAGGCCUGCAUGCAGGGGUGAACAGACGGCGGUAAUAGGUCUUACCGACAACCGGUAAUCGGCCUUUAUUGCAACCUCUGCAGUGUAUACGCAUUUUGAAAACUUAAACAACAUAAUGAGAAUGGCAAAACUUUCAUUAGUCAAGUUUAUGCUUUUAUGCCAUUUAAUUCAAUGUUUUGUUUUCAGAAUAAUUGACGGAGAAGUGUUCCUUGUAUGGGAUAGUGGUAACAAAAAAAAAUCGCAAAGAGACUUGGCACGAGGUGCUAAGAUUGGAGUCAAAGAUGACGUCAAAAUCCUGGAUUACUAUAGGUUCGUUAACUUUUUUCCCAGAGGGCUUUUCGAUGAAGUGUAAUGAAACCAAAACCAAAUUAAUCACAACGGCCGAGUAAAACUAAGGUGAAUAUUUGAAGCGCGGGAAAAAGUGAGUGAUCAAGACGCGCUUGGUUUUAGUUUAAACAUUUGAUUGGACGAGAGAGUGGUCUGAGUUUUGUGGACAAAUCACCGUAAAAAAGGAAUAAUUAAUGAAGUCCCGGAUUACAUUUGACACAUAAUAAUUCUUAGGCAAUGUUGUCUUGUUGCUUUAUGUAAGCCGACGGUGAAGUCGUAUUUCGUCAGCAAGUAUUACUAAAAAAAAACGAACCAAACUUUUCACUGUUGACAAAGUUCAUGCAUUCACUAGAUGGCGACCAACAGACAUACAUUUGGGCUGUGUAGUUAAGUGAACUGAAUUAAAUUUACCGUCCUUUUUUGGCUAGGUACCAGUUAAACCUGUUUUCGCGGAUGUGUCUGGACAGACAGUAUCUUGCUAUCAACAGCAUCAGCAAGCAGUUAGAUGUGGACCUCAUACUUAGGUUUGUGUCGAAUAAUUUCCAUUUUCAAUAAAUUUUCGUGGUGUUCUUUAUUUUCUGCAAGGGAGCCUUUCUAGGAGUAUUUGACUUAUUGUUUGCACCGCCAAAAUAUACCCUCAGCUUUAAGAAGAAAACAAAAAAUUUUAGUUCGGUAAAACAGAAGCUUUACUCCAACAACAGCAAAGCUCGGUGGCGUGCUAACAGCUUCCCCCCUUGAGGGACCAUAUACUUCGUUAGCCGAUCCCACUGUCGGUUUGGACACCAGUAUUUGCACAACUGGGUGUUAAGGAAGCUUACGAUGAUAUUUUUUUUGUGUGUGAUGUCUUUAGAUGCAUGGCAGACAAAGAUCUGUCUUGUGACCUAAGGGCGGCUUUUUGUCGGUUGAUGCUCCACAUGCACAUAGAUCGGGAUCCUCAAGAACCAGUUACACCUGUUAAGUACGCCAGACUGUGGUCUGAGAUCCCAACUGAGAUGAGCAUUGAAAUGUGAGUAGACCGCCACAAGUAAAAUCUGAUUUGCUAUUUCUUUAUUUUUUUGUCUUUCUACAGGGAAAAUUCGUAUUUAUUUCAUUUCUCCGCAAUUGUAUUUGGUACAAUUUACAAGCACUUAAAAUCUGAUUGGUUGUUUUGUUCCAUUCUUGUGGCUUGUAAAAAGGUGCGGUUGCGAGCGAGCGACCAAUCAGGUCGCCAGAAUCACUAGGGAAUUGAAAAACGAGGUUAAUACAGGUAUUUAUUUCGGCUUCAGGUAUGAUCAGCAUCUUGCGGUUGGAGAGGAGAGGGAAGAGAACAGACUGAGAUUUUCAGGAGUUAUUUCAUUUGUGGAGAAUUACCUUCAAAAUAUCAGCAGCAACAUUUGGUCUUUCAGCGAUAAGGAACAAAAUAAACUUACUUUUGAGGUUAGGGCCGUAACUUAACACCAUCUUGAAGUAUUUCAAACAGAAGUUGAAAACAAAACACAGCCAAACAGAAGUCGAGGCCAAAACACCUUAUCUGCACUAAGCGUAGAAAACGAACCACUUCGCGGUUGGUUUUUGCCUUGAUUCUGAUUGGUCAAGAUCGUUGUUUAAGUUUUUUUCUUCGCUGAUUGGAGAGUCAUAAAUCUUGGGACCCAUUCUCUCCCAUAUCAGGCUUGAGGUGCUCAAAUUUUGUUGACACCAAAAUUUGCGCACCAGCAGAAUUUACUUGUCUCGAAAUCUUUCUCAUCUCAUUUUGGCUUUAGUGUGGAUAAAAAAAAAGUUUGCUGUAUCAUAGUUUGGACCCUAAAAUAAGAAAUUCUUGGACCGUCGCUGGUCUAUAUUUCUCUGUGGAGUUACACCUCAUGUUUGUUUUGCUAUACUCGUCGUAGGUUGUGCAGAUCGCAAGGAAUCUGAUCUACUUUGGUUUCUAUGGCUUCAGUGAAUUACUUCGUCUGACUCAAACAGUGCUGUCAAUCGUAGAUUGUGAGCAGCGAGCUCAUGGCGGCAUCAGAACCUCAGAAAAACCAACAGGUAAGAUAGAUUUUUUUGUGUUGUCUUUAGGUAGCUUCGUGGCAAAGGUAACUCUGCCUCAUGAGAAAAAUAGGUUAUUUCCAACUGCUAUCAUCAUAAAGUCGCAGUAACGUAUCGUCAAAAUCGUAUUAUUGUUAUAAUUUAUUUCGAUUUUACCGUGCAAAGUGGUGUUAAAGUUUGAUAGGUAAGGUGUUCUCGGUACAUUAUUAUGAUUGGACGAGCGCCUGGAAAUCUGGGCAAAAAUCAAGUGAUACUGGUAAUAUUUCUGGGGAAAGCAUUGGGGAGAUAAGGCGUAAAAAAAGAUGCUCUUCAUUUUCGGGCUGUUGUUUUAACGAAGUCCGAGAGGAAAUUCAGACAGAGCUAGUGAAACCAUAAGAGGAAACUUUGUUUGGUCUCACAUAGCCGUUGAAUUCCGAUGGGGAACUUAUCCGAUGUUGACCUCUUCGUCUUUUUUUUUUUUUUUUUUCCAGUUGGUGGGAUUGGUGAGAAGAUCAAUGUGAUGCGAAGUAUUCACAAUUUGGGCGCAAUUAUGACACGUAUGGCGUUAGGAGGGAACCAAGAUCCAUGGGGGCUCACACAGCAACCUGAAGGAGGCCCCAAGCCCGAGACCGAGAUUGACCACGUUGUCAUGGAGACCAAGGCCAAGAUAAUUGAAAUUCUGGAGUUUAUAAUGAACGUUCGACUUGAUUAUCGCAUUUCCAGUCUGCUGACAAUCUUCAAAAAAGAUUUUGAUGAAAGUAACGCAGGCUUGGCUGAUAUGGGAGGAGAGAAUGGUACAACCUUUUUUUGCCGCUUAUAAAAUAUGCACUCGUAAAAGUACACGUACACGUACACGUACACGUACACUUAAACUUACACGUACACGCAUACGAACACGCACACGUACACAUACACGCGCAUGCACACGUACACAAGUACGCACACAUAUUUCUUAAAACUAUCCUUAUCAAUUUAACUUUGAUCUACUCGUCAUGUAAACUUAAUAGGGUAAAUUUUAUCUUUUCUUAGUUCAGUUUGGCUUACCGUCUUUACUCAAGGGGCAUUUUUAGUCAGCGGGAAGAGAUCUCUUUUAAAAACGGUCUUUGUAGUAAAAGAAUUUGAAAAUGCCUCUUUGAUCACGUGGUAUAACCGGAGCUUUGCGAAAACAGUGACAUUCAAUGGACACGAAUACUUGGAGCAUCACACGCGCAUGUUCCAACAUUCAUCAGGGGCUGAAACAGCGAUCCAUUUUAAAACUUAGCCAGUCUGGUGUGGACGGUGGCAAAGUCAUUUUACGGGCUGAAUUAUUGACUGGCUGAUCUAUACAUUUUAUUUCCAGGAAAUAAACGACGCUGUAAAAUCGAUAAAGAUGGUGUACCUCAUUACCUUGGACCUCCUAACUGUACGUCAUAACGUUAAAAUGAUUUAAACAUCAAGAAACACUUAACUUCUUCUUAGCCCUUCGAGCCCUAACAGUGACUUACAUCUAACUUCUCCUUACAAUAUCACCCCUGAAUCACACAUUAAGGUCAUGAGAAUUUAGGAAAUGAUCACCAACUAAGAAAGCUCUUGGUUGUUAAACAAAUUCUCCUUGUCAGCACCUUAGGAAAUGAGUGGAGAACAGUAUGGAGAAUAUUCAUACUGAUGUAAGGGAAUUUAGGGUUAAAUAUUUACUGAACAUUUCGCGGGUGCGCUUUUGAUGUAACCGGAAGAGGCUUACUUGUUAGAUGCUUUAAUAAUCCUGCACAGUAAACAUCGGGAAAAAUCUAAAACGACCUAAACUCAUGGCUAAAUUUUUAACGCUAAGAGAAAUAUUGAAAUUAUUGUAUCAUGAAAAUGUUUUGCCUUCCAUAAUGACUUUUAAAAAAGUUUCUAUAUGAUUAAAACAGGUUUUUGUUAUUUCUAUUUAAAACUUUAACCGUUUCUGCACAGAAAAGUAUGAAUUUUGUUUAAAUAAAAUAGUAAACCUGUUGAAUCGUCUUAAGAUAUUUUAUUUUUGAAAUAUAUCAAUUAUUUUAAAGCCCAAUGCAUUAAAACUUCACCUGUACUGAUGUGAAGCAUGCGUCUGAAAGAGUGAUGCAAUUUUCUUUGUAUGAUUCUUUUCCUCGUUCUUUUUCUGUUCCAGGCGUUCAGUUAAUAAAACAUGGCGAAAUAGUAAACAGCAUGAUGGCAGAGCGAAAACGAGGGAGGACUGGGUCGCGUCGCAUAGUUCAUUGUACGCAUCGAUCCAAAUCUCCCUGGUUUUUUCCUCCUUCGCUUCGUUUUACCAACUGGACACCCGUGACAGAAUGGUUUACUUUCUAUUGAUUGAUAUUUUAUUUUUAGGGAUUGAUUUGGAAAACAUCAGUCAGCAAGCUGAAGCUAUAUUUGGAGGCUCCACGUAAGUUUUCCUUAGUUUAUUUCUUGAAAAUAUCAAAAGGUUUUUUUUAACCCGUUUGUGUCAGUCUCGUUUUACAAUCCAUGUUAACGUCGAUGUAAAAAAAAGAGGGAAAUCUAUUGUUUUCUAGAAUGAGUCUAUCUGACGGCUGACAUAUAAAUACGAUUUCAUGUAAUUGCGACGUUUUGGACACUAAACCUGACUAGUUCUUUUUUCUUUUUAUUUGUAUGUUUUUUCGUUUCAGGGGACUUAACGAAAUUGACCUUGACCUUGAUGGUCAGGGGGGCCGCACCUUUCUCCGUGUCCUGCUUUACCUAUGUAUGCACGAUUAUCCUCCCCUGGUGACAGGAGCUUUACAGCUUCUUUUCAGACAUUUUAGUCAGAGGCAGGAGGUGUUACAAGCUUUUAAACAGGUCAGUAAAACUCCACAAAAUAAUUAAGGGGCGGAAGGAGGGGUUGUUGGGACGGGGUUGGGGGGGGGGGGGGGGUGGUGGCCAACUAGCGUGCCAGUAGCGUAUCCUGCCCCUGUUCAGGGAAGCGAUGAUUUGGAACAUCCGCCCAGAAGCCUAUUAAAUCACGGUUAUCUUAUUGAUUUACAAUUUUGAUUUGAGCUUUAUAAACACAAGGUCAGACGCUUUUAAAACACCGUGAAGUACAAGCUUAUGUUGUUAUUUAUAACUCCUGUGAGACAAUUUGAUUUUGACAUCCUGAGAGCACAACACCGAGCGUUACCAUGCGCAGUCGUUUGAACGCUGCGUUGUUAAUGUCUACUAUCUCAACGGCACAGGUUCAGCUACUGGUGUCCAAUAGUGAUGUGGAGAACUACAAACAGAUCAAGUCUGAUUUAGACGAGCUUCGGUUGUUAGUGGAAAAAUCUGAGCUGUGGGUGUACAAGAGCAAGAAGGAUCUUCCUACCGAGAGCAGAGUCAGGAAGAUAACACCCGGGCUGGUCGGGCUGAGGAUGGAGGGAGGCAGCAGCAGUAAGGAGCCGGAGGAGAGGAAAGAUAGCCUGGAACAACAGGAUCUGGAAGUUGUCAGUUUGAACACGACACAGGUGGGAAAUGAGUAAUAGGGUCUUUGUAUAAGUUUGUCAUGUGACUUCGUCCAUCAGAAGAAAUGGUCAUGCUGGAAAAAGGGAACAAAGGCGGUGAAAUUGGUAGAAAGGCUAAGCUUGAGGCGAAAAAAAAAAAAGAUAAAAAAAAAAAAGAACGAGUUACAGGGAAAAAAAAUCGGUGAUGGCGAACUUGCUUCUCCAGCAUGUGAGUCUUAAAAACUGUCUUGAAAUCUCGUACAUAAAUGUCAUUGGCUUCAAAACUGAACUCUUUAGUAAUUACGGAAAAGCCUCUGAGGAACUUUAAAUUUGACUGAAGGUUAUUUUGAGCUGUUUUUGUAGCUGUUUUAUUUUAUAACGGUAUUUUUUUUUUUCACAUGCUCAGGACCCUGCUAGUAGUGAUAGCGAGGGAGGCGGUCCAAAGGUGGGUUCUGUGAAAAGUCACUUGCGAAACAGGCGUCAUUAUUUUCGUUGUUUUUUUCUUUUUUAUUCUUGUGCCGUUUACUUAAACAAUCAGCUCUCUUGAGCCAGGACGAGAAAAGACGGGAAUUUUCUUUUCACUUUCCAGGUAGAGCGUCAAAGGAUGGUUAGCGAUGGUUCCAUUGAGCUAGAGGUCGAACAAUCAGACACUGUUUCGCUAAAGAACUACAAGAAAACUGAGGCGGUAAGAGACUUUUCAUUUGGCGAGUUUAGCGGAAGGCGCGGUAGCAUGGAAGCUUGUGGGCUUAAGGCACACCUUUUUGAGCGUAGUGACAUGUCUCAAAACUUACUUUUUAUUUCUUUUAACCAACAGAUUUUGGAACGCCUCAGCAAUCUUUGUGUUUCUUCUUAUGGGACUCCCAGUGUGAAAAAUCGUAAACACGAGCAAAGAUUAUUGAGAAACAUGGGGGCUCACACUGUAGUCCUAGAGUUACUACAAAUACCGUAUGAAAAGGUAAACUGCAAACUCGAAAGCUCAGAUCAACUUUCGAUUUAGUGUCCCAAAAAAAACUAGAGCAAUCACAACAGCCAAUCAGGAGAAAGAAAAAUGUCACGAGGAGCCAAUAAGAACUCGAAGUAAAAAGCCCGGAUGCAAUUUGCAUAAAGCGCGGGAAAACGCGAGAGACUAAGUGGCGAUUGGUUUUAGUUUUGAAUCUGAUUGGUUGAGAUCACAUGACGAAGUGAGACAAAAACAAAGCAAUUCCGAUUUAUGUUUGGCAUUCAAUUGGAAAUUGCUCUAAAUGAAGUAUUGUGUAUUAUAUUGUGUAAUCUUUUGAAAUUUGUUUUUUUUUGUUUGUAUAUCCCCUGAAAAGUCCAAAUAACUAUUUUAGCCCUAUGGAAGGCUCAAGAAAGUGAAAAGCAUAUACCUUGUUUAGACAGUAGUUAUUAAUUGAUCGUAGCGCCCUCUCAGAGUGACAACUGAGGUCAUUCUUUUUCAAAUUAACUGAAGAUUGAAUUUCUGUAUUUUUUUUGUAUUUUUGUUUUGCUCUGUUUUGUUUUUUCAGAAUGAGGACUUGAGGAUGGAAGAUAUCAUGAGGCAAGCCCACGAGUUCUUACGAAACUUCUCUCUGAGCAAUCCACAGAACCAGUCUCUUCUCCACAAGCAUCUGGAUUUAUUCCUCACCCCAGGGGUAAGAUAUUUGUGGAUAUCGGAGCGAUAGCUAGCCGGCUAACGAGCGAGUUGCUGGUGGUCAGCUAUAAUAAUUAUUUAGCUCUCAAAGAGUAUGAAGCGGGAGACACUGGGGCCUAAUGGUUAGAGCCUGAUGAAAUGCGGGGGGGACCUUGCGAUGGACGAGCAUCCCAUCAAGGGGGGGAUUGGUGAUACUCUUAGUUGUUUCAUGCAAAGGAAACCGGGAUAAGCUCCUGCUGGCAGGGCCACUUGGCUCCAGUACAGUCUUAACCUUUUAACUCUCAAGGACUUAUCCAUCUAUGUCCUCAGCUAAAAGAGGCUCACACAUUGAGGUACAUCUUCAUGGAAAACUCAGGGCUGUGUUACGAGGUCACUGAGAAAGUUGUGCAACAUAUCGUCCACUGUGUUGAGACACAGGGCCGCCAUGUUGAAUAUCUGAGAGCUUUACAAACCCUAGUAAAGGCGGAAGGACAGUCAAUUAGAAAAACACAGGACAUGGUUAUGGCUGAGGUUAGUUUUUCUUUGGUUUGUGCUGCUUAUAUUUUAGUACGCUCAACUGAACUCUUUGUUAAUGAGGCCGGUAUACUGCUUCGUGACUUAAUUUUAAAGUUUGUUACUGAAUGCCGACGUUGAUUCGCUUUUUACCCCAUUCAGAACCUUUCUGUCUCUUUUCGGACAGUUAGAAUCGAGUUCGGAAGGUUGAUGCAAUUUCGGAUGGAUCCGUGCGAUUUCGGGCGGGUCCGUCUGAUUUUGGCCGAGUAUAUUAAAACCUUAGUUAUCAUUACGUGGGCCAGGAACUCAUUGGAAGUAAGGAGAAUGCAUCUAACAAUCAAUACUAUCUUUUUUUUCUAGUUAGUAAACGUGGGUGAGGAUGUUCUGGUCUUCUACAGUGAUCCUCAGUCCUUUAACUCACUCGUGGACAUGAUGCAGGGAGAACGAGAGAGACUGGACGAAGCUGGCCCUCUGUUGUAUCAUAUCAAUUUGGUGGAACUGCUGGCCUGUUGUACCGAGGGCAAAAACGUGUACACGGAAAUCAAGUGUCACAGUUUACUUCCGCUGGAUGAUAUCGUGCGAGUUGUCACUCAUCCGGAUUGCAUCUCGGAGGUGAGAGAGACUGGGAAUAAUGUCACCUGUAAGGGUUAGCGCGUCGUACGUAGGAGGUUUAAAAGGUGAUUGAAUGUUUGUCCAAAGGUUUAGAGAACUCUGCAAAACUUUUCUUCUCCAUGGUUGUUGUCGGAACCCUUUUUUGAGUCUUCGCGAACAGGCUUUCGCAUUGUUUAUAGUAAGUGAUUUGGAACUUAUAGUUAAUUUUUUUUUCUUUAGGUGAAGAAUGCCUAUGUAAACUUUUUGAAUCAUUGCUAUGUUGACACGGAGGUGGAAAUGAAGGAGAUAUACACCAGCAAUCACAUCUGGACUCUGUUUGAGGACUUUUUAGUCGACAUGGCUCGGGUGAGCGCAUAAAAUAAGUUGGGAUGAAACAAAGGUGGGAUCGUGGAAAUCACUGGGACGCUCGUUGGCUUCUCUCGUUCGUUUUCUGUGAACUGUCGGUGUAAUUUGAGAAGAUAAGAGUGAUUUAACUUUAUUUUUAGCCUUCUUCUUGUUUGUGUAAUAAUUUGUGGGAGCUUUUCCGGUUUUUUUUGGAAUCGAGGGGUUUGUCUUUUCAUUUGUUGGGUGUGUUUAAAGAUUUGAAGGUAGAUAGCGAAUCAGAAGAGAAAUUUGCCGAUUGCGUUAGUGAACGUAAAAUGUAGGUCUAAAAUCUAUUUACGGCUGCUCUUGGUUAAUAUAGCAUGGAAUUUACCGGAAGAAUUGUGGCCUUAUUUUAGAAAGUAGAAUCUUAUGAAUAAUUUGUAAAAAAAUAAAUUAUCUGCAAUUUUAUCUUAUUUCGUCAUGAACCCCACCCGGAACUCGGAGAUGGUUUUGGUAAAAGGAGGGAGUUAUGAUUUUCGUGUUUACUAAUUUGAUUUCAGCUUAACGCAUUCUUAUCAACGGUGUUUCCUCGAGGUAUUCUAUCAUAAAAUGACGAAAGGCGUACUUUUUUUUCUAUUUUACAGGUUUGUAACAACACUUCUGACCGACUUCACACGGACACCAUGUUAGAAAAAUACGCUACAGAAACCAUCAUGAACUUGUUAACCUUUUUCUUCAAUUCUCCUUUCUCUGACUCGAGCACUACAAUAAAGGUACUUUGAAUGGAAGUUGAAUACUUUUUUCACUAAUGAAACUUGUGAUGGCGUCGCCCAUCAUAGAGUUUUCUGUAGAGCACAGCACCACUAGAAUCCAGAGGUCUGGGGACUUGUCAUUUUUAUUGGUUUGGUGAAUGUUUGUUUCUCUUCUUCUUUUUCUUCUCUUUGUUCCUGGUCCGUUCCAAAAAAGAGAAUUUUUCUAGACCUUAAAUCCUGUCAGCCAUAACUUUCUAAGAGACUUCUCGCCUUGUUUUGAAGAAAUUUGAAUAGUACUUCGUUUCGCAAUUCAAGAUGCGAAGGUAUUCAAGAUACAGAAAUGAGCAGUAUUGGGUGAUAGGUUUUCCUAAACUGUUUGCGUUUUUUUUUUUUUUUUUUCAGUCUCGGCAACCCGUGUUCGUUCGUCUCCUCCGCGGUGCCUUCCGACUUUCACAGUGUUCAUGGAUGAGUGGCUCGCAGAAAUACCACGUGGAGACUUGUAUCAAGACCUUUAUCUGAUGUUG